CGGAGUCUGGAGUGAGCGGGAUCUGAUGGAAGAGUUGUACGGCGGAGCAGCAUCGCGCCUGCGGAUGUAGCGGAAACUUUCCACGGUUUGUCCCGCGGGGAUGCGAGCAGGAACCGACGGUGGACGGAAAAAGUCACGCGCCCGCCGAACUCCACGAAGGACAUAAGCGAAAAUGUGGAUGAACUGACAUUUACGCUCUCUAUCCGGGCUGAAUCCUCUACUUUUAGACCGAGCAGACCUCGCUCCUUUGAAAAUGGCCGUUCGUGGCAACUCGCUCAUGCCUUUCUCGAUCCAAGCCAUCCUGAACAAAAAGGACGACAGCAGACACUUACCAGAUUUGGACAUGUGCUUCUCUAAAACGGCGUGCUGGAAAAUAUUCGGGGAGAUGAACGGGGGCUCGGGCCGAAACGACGGAGAGCCCUGUGGGCAGAUCGAGCAGAAGUGCUACGACUCGGACUCUGGACUCAGCGAGGACAACGGCAGAAAGACUCCGGCCGAGGGCAAGACGGAGAAGGACGGGGACCCGACGUCCGAUGUGCCGGAGGAGAGUCUGCAGGAGGAGACGGACCACGAGUCUGCAGCUGCAGAAAACGCGAAGAGUGACAGCGAACCCAACAACGCAACGGAUUCCAGCAACCAGGACGAGAAGAGCCUGGACCAACCCAAGCAGCGGAAGAAGCGCUCCAGAGCCGCGUUCUCUCACGCGCAGGUCUUCGAGCUGGAGCGCCGCUUCAACCACCAGCGGUACCUCUCCGGCCCGGAGCGGGCCGACCUGGCGGCCUCCCUGAAGCUCACAGAGACGCAGGUCAAGAUCUGGUUCCAGAACCGCCGCUACAAGACGAAACGCAGACAGAUGGCCGCGGACUUGAUGGCGUCGACCCCGGCCGCGAAGAAGGUGGCGGUGAAGGUUUUGGUGCGCGACGACCAGAGACAGUACAGCCCCGGGGAGAUCCUGCGGCCCCCGCUGCUCUCCCUGCAGCCCUCCUACUAUUACCCCUACGCCUACUGCCUCCCCGCAUGGACGCUCUCCGCGUGUGCUGGGAAUCAGUGAGGAAAAACUCGAUGACUUUGCUCAUUUUUAUUAUUCCUGCUCCCGGGAACCGAACUGACUUUUGUCUUUGUGACACCACGAGGAGAUCCGAGGAGACUGGAAGCCAUGCGUCUGUUGCCCAGGUAACCCCAAAGGUUCCCCAACGUUUUUGUGGGUUCCUAUCCCCUCGUAAAGUGACUUAUUUAUACUUUUAUGAUGAGUCUAUUUCAAAGACCCCAGUAAAAGUUAUUUUCCCUUCCUCAUGAUUUAGUCUCUAAUUCCAUAAAUGUCUGAACUGGAGACGUUACCUCCUCAUAACUUUUAAACUCGUGGAGAGACCCUGAAAUGACGCAAAGAUAUUCCUCUGUUUGCUGGGACACUCUAAGGACCUCUGAUGACCCCUGGACCCUAACGUGGGACCCGGGGGGCUUAAUAGACAGAAAAUGUCACCUUAUUUUGGUUUAUAUAAUUUACAUACGCCUUCCUACCUCUGCAGUGAUUGGAAAUAGGCAUAUUCCAUUGACUUCUCAAGAUAACUGUCUCUCUUACAAGUUGUGUUUUUAUUCUUGCUGUGUUUGUAAAGGUAAGGUAUUUCAGCACUUUUGAGCAUAUGUGUUACAUAAUUUCAGUGUAAAAUGCAUGCAGUGUGAGCAUGUUCGGUAUCAGACUGAGAAGAGGCGGUUUGUGGGCCUGAGAGAGGCAGGAAGCAGGCUGAAACAAACCCGACUCCUGCUUGAGAUGUACGUGUUUUUAUUUGUGUUAAAUGACUUGUUUUAGAUCGAAUAACAUUAAAACAUAUCAGGCAUUACUUGUAUGUGGAUGCCAUUUC